AGUUGGUUUUGUUUCUCCAAUGAUGAUUGAUGAGUUGACGGAGCUUCACAUCGCCGAGAGCUUCUUCACGAGAUCCAUGGCGGCAAUGGAUUCUCUCUUCCUUCUCUUCCUCAUUCCACUCAUCCCACUCUCUCUUCUCUCUAUCUUAGCUCUAAUCGUACGUCCUCGCCCCAUUAAGAUCCCUAUCAAGUCCCGUCACGUCUUCAUCACCGGUGGAUCUAGCGGCAUUGGUCUUGCCUUAGCCCAACGCGCCGCUUCAGAAGGCGCACGCGUCUCAAUCCUCGCCAGAUCCGCCGUAAAACUCGAGGAGGCUAAGAAAUCGAUCCAGCUAGCUACUGGCGUUGAAGUCGCCACGUUCUCUGCCGACGUUCGCGAUUACGACGCUGUGUCUAAGGCGAUUGAUGAAUCGGGGCCGAUCGAUGUGUUGGUUGUUAAUCAAGGUGUGUUUACUGCGACGGAGCUGGUGAAACAUAGUCCAGAGGAUGUUAAGUUCACGAUCGAUGUCAAUCUUGUUGGGAGCUUCAAUGUGAUUAAGGCUGCUUUGCCUGCAAUGAAAGCAAGGAAAGAUCGUGGACCUGCCUCCAUCACUCUCGUCUCUUCUCAAGCUGGUCAGGUGGGUAUCUAUGGUUAUACUGCAUAUUCAGCAAGCAAGUUUGGUCUUCAAGGUUUAGCGCAAGCAUUGCAACAAGAAGUUAUUGCUGAUGACAUUCAUGUCACUCUUAUUUUUCCUCCUGACACUGAUACACCAGGAUUUGAAGAAGAACAAAAGAGCAGACCUGAAGUCACUUCCAUAAUAGCUGCAUCCUCUGGUUCAAUGAAAACAGAAGAAGUAGCCAGAAAAGCUAUGGAUGGCAUAAAAUCAGGAAAUUUCACUGUCUCAUGCAACUUUGAGGGAUUCUUACUGUCACUUGCGACAACAGGCAUGUCCCCUCAAAGAUCAUGUUGGCUUGCUUUUCUUGAAGUUAUAACCGCAGGGCCUAUAAGAUUAGUCGCUCUCUUCUUUCAAUGGGAUUGGUAUAAAGCCAUUGAAAAAUGGAGCAAAACCAAAACCAAAUAAGAGUCCGACAACUUUGCUUGAAGUGUUUUUGGGAGAAGCUUAAACAUUUGAUGGGUACUUAAAACCUUCUUCUCAAAUUGAAGUAUCUCAAUCAACUACCACGGCAGCUAGUCGAUUAUACCAAUUCAGAAUAUCUACAUUGCUGAUAGUAACUCGUCAAGUUUUAUGACGCGAAGUGCUCCAAGUAGCUAUGUAUCGCCGGUCUUUCAGCAAAUUGCUUUUUUUUUUUUUGGUAGAGAAAUCAAAGAACUCAUUUGAAUGUAUUUUUUACUUGGUAAAGAAGAGAAUGUUUUUUCAGAAUAUACAGAUCACAUGUUUGGAUAAUCCCUUCUUACAA